AGCCACCUCAUGUCUACCGUGUAUUUGUCAAGAUGGGGUUCACGUGACCGUGUACCCCCUUGGCUACAGUCCUGCCUGCCAUUUGCCAGCCGAGACGCGCUGCAGGCAGGAGGGGCCGGCGCCGCGCUGGGCUGGACCGAGGCCCGACCCAAUCCGCUGGAGCUGUGAACUCCACUGAAUUUGAGAUGAUCUUGAUACCAGACUAGCGGCGACCUGUGCUGGACCUGUCCGAAUUGCAACUGCUUCUAUCCCACCCUGCCCGUCGACGUCGCACAACCCAUAGAGUCGCCCGCUCGCCCGCCCGCCCGCUCGAGUGCGUCCGUCGCCCUCCUUGGUCCGCCAUGGACGCGGCCCCUGCGCUCGCCUCCCGGAAACGGCGCCGGAGAAGGCGCGAGGACAAACUGCCCAUCUCGGCCCGCCUCGCCCUCGACGACCAUCUCCGCAGCGAUGUCGGCAUCCUGUCCGAGGACCUGUUCGCCGACCUCUUCCCCCACCUGCGCAACCAGCCGCAUGAUCUCGGCGAGGUUCACUACGUGGCCAUUUCCCCCUGGAUGCCCGAUGCCUCCCCCGAAACCACCGACUGGACCAUCGUGCCCGUCACAAAGUCCACAGCCCUGUCGCACUCCACCGUCCAGUUCUCUCCCUCCGACUCGAGCCUCGUACUGCAGAACUUCGCGACCACCCUCGAGCGUGUCGCACCAUCCAAGCUAUCCAGCCAUAGCCGAAGCGGCAUCGACAUCUUGGUCGUUGACGCCGUCGCUCUCUCGCUCGACACCGUCUUUGUCAGCCUUGAUGGCGACCUGGCCAAGCGCCUCGGGAACGGCGAGGGGACCUUCUUCAGGGACCACCCCGAGGUCUCGACGCUUGCCAAGGGAAAUGCCUCGCCGGCUGCAUCUUCCGAGCUGCGCCUAGCUACCGCUCUGCGCGCUGCCCUGGGCACCCUCCGCGUUGUGCAUUCCGGCGAUCUGUUCCCGCUGCCGCUACCCCCACACCCGAUAACCCACGUCCCGCCGAAUCCCGGCAGGGUGACGCUCUGUGAGCCCGUUGCGCAGGGUAUCCUCUCUCCCAAGACCAAAAUCAUUGUCUCGCCUAGUCGCUCGCGCCCCAAGGGGAAUAGAGAAAGGGGCUCAGCGCGCCCCGGCGGGAUGCUCGACGGUGUGACCGAGGCCGACGAGGACACGGCAAACGACCAGUUCUACUCGGCUGCCGAGGAGCGCGACAAGAUCGAGGUCACCGAUUCGGCCGUGGAGAGCUCUGCCACCACCAGCGCGUCAGAGACGGAGCUGUCCGAGGGCGACCAUGACGAGCUGUCGGACGAUUCGGCCGACGAUAUGAUAUCGCUGCAGACCCCUACACUGCCGCCGCCCACCGCGAGCGGCUUGUCAACCAUGCAGCCAGGCACGCCAAUGACGGUGGGCCGCGGGAGGAAAACCAAUGGUAUGACCACCCCUGGCUCCGUCUUCUCGUCCUUUACCGCAACGACGGCGCGUCCAGACCGCCCCCGAGGCCGUCUGUUCAAGGCCCAGGGGCUUGUGAAGCCCAUACCGGCCGAGCUGCUGCACCCGAAGCCGACACCCGAGGACGACGAGGAGGCCCAUGUGUACGUUGACGUGGGCAACCUGUCGAGGAUCGGCUGCUUUUCCGGAGACUGGGUCCGGGUCGAAGCCUCGUCGGCGCCUCCUGCCAACGGCUUCGGUCCAUUCGCGCUGGGGAGCUUUGGGGAGCCAGAUGCGCAGGAGCCUGCUUGGAGGCCUGCCAGGGUGUUUGGCCUGCCCGAAGGAUACUCGAGACGGCCCGUCAGCCGGAUCCCGAGCUCCAAGCACGGCGGCCGCAGCCUUUCCUUCUUCGAGUCGCAGGUCCAAAAGCCGACCAGCCCUCUAGCGUAUGCGUCGCCCAUACUUCUCGCCAAUCUGGACGGCCCGUCGCACCUGCGCCUGCUGCCCCUUAAGAGGGCUAUUGCGCAUCACCACGGGGGUGGGCCGCACUCGCAGGCCGCGGCCGUCAUGCAGCCACCUUAUGCCCGCGACGUCGUCAUCCAGCAGGUGCGCACUCCCGUGUCCUCAUCUAGGGACUUGGAGAUGGCCGUCAUGGCCGGGUUGAAGUUGUAUUUCGAGAAGAAGCUCCGUGUCAUCAAGGCUGGUGACCUUAUCGCCGUGCCCAUCGACACGCAGCUUGGGCGCACAAUGAAGGAGGCAUCUUCGGGCGAGGGCUCCGCGAUAGAUGACAUACUCUCCAUCGCGGCUGGCUCCGCCAACUCAAGGACGCCUGACGGACGGGGCUUGAACCUGGACGAGGUGGCUUGGUUCCGAGUCUCGCACCUGCAAGCACAAAAGCAGGAGGGUAUCGAGGCCGAGCAGGAGGAGGCACUAUGGGGGUCUGCUGCCUGCGUCGAGACCUCAAUGGCCCACCUAGAAUCGUCGGGCAUGGUCAAUGGCCGCGUUCCUGGUGUGAAGGCGAGCACUUGGCAAUACUAUCUAGGCAUCCUAAACCCUCCCAGCGGCGUGAUAGGGUCGCCCCCUGUGGCCAUCUCGGAGCCAAGGCCAAGCUACAUCUCGCCGCUGCGGCGUCGUGUCAGAGAGCUGCUGGCCGCUGCGACGAGUAAAAGGGCCAUACAUCUCAAGGCCCCGCCCGUCGCGAUCCUGCUGGUCUCUACGCAGCGAAACAUUGGGAAGGCGAGGCUGGCCACGGACGCGUGCCGUGACAUUGGUCUCCACACCUUCACGGUGGACGCAUUUGAUAUACUGAGCGAGGGGGGGGCGGGUGGCAGCGACGUCAAGACGGACGGGACGCUCAAGGCGCGGGCAGAGCGCGCACUAAGCUGCGGGCCAGAGUGCUGCGCGCUCCUCGUCCGGCACGUCGAGGCGCUCACGGCGGAGCGCAUGACAGCGACAAUGCGCGGCAUCCUGUCGGACGCGAGAGUCCUCAUUGCGACCACGACGGAGCCUGACAAGAUCCCCGACGGAGUGCGAGGCCUGUUUACGCACGAGCUCGACAUGUCGGCGCCCGAUGAGGGCGAGCGCGAGGGCAUCCUGCGCUCCAUCGUUGACCAGCGCGGCCUUGCCCUCGACGCCGGUGUGGACCUCGGCGCCGUCGCCCUCAAGACGGCGGCCUUGGUGGCCGGAGACCUCGUGGACGUCAUCGACCGCGCCCUGGUUGCUCGGCGAGCGCGGCUCCAAGGGCUGGCCGAGAGGGCUAGUGCCGGAGGCGAGAGCGGACUUCCAGCCGUCACGGUCAGAGAUGUGCUCGUGGCUGGCGGAUCGGCGGUGCGCGGGCUCACCAAGGGCGACCUGGACACAGCGGUCGACGCGGCGCGCAAGAACUUUGCCGACGCUAUCGGGGCGCCCAAGAUCCCGAAUGUGACGUGGGACGACGUCGGAGGGCUGAGCCACGUCAAGGAUGCCGUCAAGGAGACGAUCCAGCUGCCGCUCGAGCGACCCGAGCUCUUCGCCAAGGGCAUGAAGAAGCGGUCUGGCAUCCUGUUCUACGGUCCGCCCGGAACGGGAAAGACGCUCCUCGCAAAGGCCAUUGCGACCGAGUACAGCCUCAACUUCUUCAGCGUCAAGGGCCCGGAACUGCUCAACAUGUAUAUUGGAGAGUCCGAGGCGAACGUGCGGCGUGUCUUCCAGAGGGCGCGCGACGCCAGGCCCUGCGUCGUCUUCUUUGACGAGCUCGACUCGGUCGCGCCCAAGCGUGGAAACCAGGGCGACAGCGGAGGCGUCAUGGACCGCAUCGUGUCGCAGCUGCUGGCCGAGCUGGACGGCAUGUCGUCUGGCGGCGGCGGCGGCGGAGACGACGACGACGACGACGGCACCUCGGGCGGCGGCGUUUUCGUCAUUGGUGCCACCAACAGGCCUGAUCUACUAGACCAGGCGCUUCUCCGCCCGGGCCGUUUCGACAAGCUGCUGUACCUGGGCGUCUCGGACACGCAUGAGAAGCAGCUCCGGAUCAUGGAGGCGCUCACGAGGAAGUUUACGCUGCAUCCCUCAGUCUCUCUCAAGGCCGUGUCGGAGAAGCUGCCCUUCACGUACACGGGCGCCGACUUCUACGCGCUGUGCAGCGACGCCAUGCUCAAGGCGGUCACGCGGCAGGCGUCGCGGGUGGACGCAAAGAUAAAGGUGCUCAACUCGGAGCGAGAAGCGACAGCGGGCGGGAGGCCGCCCAUCUCGACGGCCUACUUCUUCGACCACUACGCCGAGCCCGAGGACGUGGCCGUCAUGGUCACGGAGCACGACUUCAUGGAGGCACACCAAGAGCUGAUCCCCAGCGUAAGCGCCGGCGAGCUGGCACACUACGAGGGCGUGCGCGCCACCUUUGAGGGCGGGCGGGACAAGCAGCAGCAGCAGCCGCAGCAAGGCCAGCAGCAAGGCCAGCAGCAAAACCACCACCACCAAGACGCCGGCCUGAUGCCCCGCGGGCCCAUGCGGUCCGUCUCGUCGAGCUCGAGCGUCAGGGGCAAGGGCAAGGCCCUGAUGGCGGCCGCGCCCAUCUUGGGCAAGGGCAAAGGCAAGGCCGUGGCGCCGUCGAGCAGCGACGACGACGAUGACGACGGCGAGACGGUCAGCGGCCGCCCGGGGAGCGCCAACGGGAGCAUCAGGGCGCGCGGGAAGGGCAAGGCCGUGGCGGCAACGGCGGAUCACCUGGGCGGCUCGGGCGGCAACGACGAGGGGCUAUAUGACUGAAAUAUGCAACGCUGAAAGAUCGGUGUGGGCGCGCGCAUCUUGCGCUGCUGGGUAAUUCUGGAGCAUGGUUUUCGAUGUGACGAGAUAAUCGCAAGUCUACGGGACGACGGGGCUGAGCGUCAGAUGUCACCUCGUUUUUUUCCUAUUGGGCAAAGAAGGGGGCCUAUCGCAGAUAGCAUGGUUGUUAUAAGCCGCGACUGUGGAUAUCAUCCAUCGAACACUAUCAAAAAGGGCGCAACAUCAAAAAUGUCCGAUCAAGUCGUGUUAAAAAACCAAAACAAAAUGGGCGAAUUACAGGCUCUGGCUCCCCUCCCUUGCUCACGCCUUGGUAUCUUUGCUCUCUGGUGUCUUUGUAUCCU